AUGUAUCUAUUGUUUUUCAUAGCUACAACAACGACUCAAAAUUCUGUAUGUACAAUUAGUUCUACUAUAUGCUCUACACCAUUGGUUUUUUGGAAUAAUACAGGCGUUUGUACACAAUCAUCACCAUCCUAUCGGUAUUUUAGUUGUUGUUAUCAAGUAAUAUCAACUCAAUUAUCUAUUGAAUUUAAACUUAUAGAACAAAUUAUUGUUUGGCAUAUUAAUGAUGUUAGUAUGACACAGGGCAAUGGUGAACUAAUAGAUAAUGGUGAUUUUGAAAUGAACUUUACUGGAUGGACAAUUCCAUCUUCAGCAAAUCUCUUGAUAACACCACUAGCAUAUUACUCACCAUCGGUAGCAUAUACAGGUUCAAUACAUUUAUAUUCAACUGCUUUAUCUACACCUGAUAAAAUAAAACAAACUGUUAAUAUUAGUUUUUGGUGGUAUGAUGAAAGUGAUGUUGCUGUUCCAACGGAGAGAUGUGAAGGAUCUUUUACACUAUUAUGA